AUGGCAGCAAGGAAAUUACAACAAGAGAUAGAUAAAUGCUUCAAGAAGGUUGCAGAAGGAGUAGCCGAAUUCGAUGCCAUUUAUGAGAAGAUAGAGCAGUCAAAUAAUACGGCUCAGAAGGAGAAGUUGGAAGAUAACCUCAAACGGGAAAUAAAGAAGCUGCAGAGAUUACGAGACCAAAUCAAGACGUGGGCUGCUAGCAAUGACAUCAAGGACAAGGCUCCAUUACUGGAGCAUCGGAAACUGAUAGAAACGCAAAUGGAACGGUUUAAGGCUGUAGAAAAAGCUAUGAAAACCAAGGCGUACUCGAAAGAAGGCCUCUCAGCAGCCGCCAAGUUAGAUCCGAAAGAGCAAGCUAAGGUAGAAGCGGGCGAGUUCCUAAGUAGUAUGGUCGACGAGUUGGAACAGCAGAUCGAAGCGCUCGAAGCGGAAGGAGAGGCGAUACAAGCGACAAUGAAGAAGGGCAAGAGCCACGCUGCCAAGGCAGAUCGUAUGGCAGCUAUCGAGCACAUAAUCGAAAGGCAUAAAUGGCACCAAGGAAAGCUCGAGUUGAUUCGUAGAUCACUCGAUAACGGGGGCGUCGACACGGAACAAGUGAACGACUUAGAAGAGAGUAUUCGAUAUUACGUCACAGAUGGUACAACAGAUGAUUAUAUCGAAGACGAAGGACUUUAUGACGAGUUGAAUCUUCAAGAAGAGGAGGACGUUUAUGGUAUGAUCCAGGACAAUGACCGAGUCUCGUCACAAGAUACGCAAUCUAUACAGGAAGACGUUGCGGAUGUAGAAUCGCGAUCUGGUAGUCUACCCGGAAAGUCACGAAGUGCUGUCGAUGCUGCUGCCGCCGUUGGCCGGCGCCCCUCCGCACAGAUGAAGUCUCCUCUCCCGACUCUAGCAACAUUACAUAACCCCUUAGCGAAUGUCACUAAUGGUAGUACCGCCAAUGCUGGUAUGAAGCCUGCAUCGUUACCAGCACGGCCAGCUGGAGAGGUUCUCAAAUAUGCCUCAGCCGCUGCUGCCGCCGCCGCAAGCGAUAAAAACAAUGUUGGUAUCGCGCCACUUCCACCACCACCUGGAUCGCAACCAGUAUCAACUACACCGGGUAUUUCACCUUUACCUCCUGCUGCGCCGUCUAGGACGAGUGCUGCAAAUUCACCAAAUAUAGCUUUCUUACAACCGGCUUCGUCAGAACAGAAACCAGGGAGCCUUUCUGUUCCAACAAGCGUGUCUGAAUCUAAAGUAUCUGAGCCAACUAUCCCGGCCGCUGCUUCGAAGAAGCCAGAGAAGGCAUCUUCGAAAGCUGCAGGUAAAGCGCCCGUCACUACGGAUCACGCUGAAUCCUCGAAAGCAACUCAAUCCAAUGGCGUCGCUAAUGGUAUUAAGCCUAUUGAGGAGAAAGAAGAAGAGUCUAUAUACCAUCUCCCUGCUUCCUUACAGGAUUUAGUAGAGUCUUUCGAAGUGACGAAGAAGCGUUCACUACCAGUGAAUAGCCCGUCACAUCUGCGCAUGAUGGCGGCUUCUCAGGCGAACCUGAACUCGAUUGAUGCAUUCGACUCGGAGCCAACCCGGAUAUAUAGACCUGAUACCCGAUAUCCUUCAGCAUCUGGGUACCCGCAGGAACCGCUUCCCAUCUUCGAAGAUCCUCGGCUAUACUCGCGGAUAGAACCUGAUACGCUCUUCUAUGUGUUCUACUAUAAACAGGGCACUUAUCAACAGUAUCUAGCAGCCAAGGCGCUUAAAGAUCAAAGUUGGCGGUUUCAUAAGCAGUACCAAACUUGGUUUCAACGACAUGAGGAGCCUAAGAGUAUAACUGAGGAGUUCGAGCAAGGCACCUAUCGCUUCUUUGACUACGAAUCAACUUGGAUGAACCGUAGGAAGGCGGAUUUUAAAUUUGCGUAUCGUUUCCUCGAAGACGAUAUAUGA